UCUACUUCUCCCCCCUUAUGAUUGUCAUAAUAUCUCUCCCCUCAAUCUAACAUCGUGAGACACGCUUUGACUGUGAUUGAUUUUGAUUUUCCCAAGGUAUGAAGACUGGGUCCGAUCUGCCUCCCCGCAAACGCCGCCGCCCCGCGUUAGCCUGUGAGGAAUGUCGCCGACGUAAGAUUGGAUGUGAUCGAGAAUCUCCCUGUAAUCAUUGCACUAAGUUCAAACGAUCCUGUACCUAUGUCUCUGCCGCCGCUCGCCCAGCAGUCCAGCACGACCACGGUUUGGACCUCGCUGCUGGGUCUGAGAUGUCGACGCGCGAACCAUUUCCGCCUCCACCCUCUCCGCCCAAUUCACUUCUACGAGGCCUGAUAGAUCGCAUUCGUGUCUUGGAAGAGAGACUCGAUGGGAUCGCAAGUGGUCAGUCAUCCGCCGCUGCGGCCUUGUCUCCCAAAUCAAGAAUCAGCCCCGCCUCCAUUCAUGGCACAUUCGACAAAUCGAGGUUCUUCGGCCAGAGCCAUCGGAUGAUCUGCAUGAACCAGUUCAGUGAGUUUAUGAAGCUCUUCGAACGCUGGGAGACCGACGAGCACUCGGACGUCUAUGCGAUCAUGGCCCGCUGUAAGCGACUGGCGCGUGUCGUCAAAACCCAGAUCAUACUGCGAGGCCCAGUCUGCUCGGAUCCGCGUGAUUAUGUGCCUCCCCGCACGAUUUCGGACCAGCUUCUCGCCGCCUAUCUGCGCACCUUGGAAUCUGCUUACCGAGUGAUCCAUGUGCCGUCUUUCCGCCGCGCAUACGACCAGUACUGGGCUGAUCCGGCAGCGUCCAGUCCAGCCUUUGUCAUCAAGCUGCUGCUCAUCCUCGCUGUUGGGAGUGUCUUUUGUCCAGAUGACACACCGUACGGGUCGCUCGUGUCGAAACUGUCCGUCUCACAAUGGAUCUAUACCGCCCAGUCAUGGCUUACCUCGCCGUUUGAGAAGGCGCGACUCGACAUGCAAGGCCUGCAGCUGCAUUGCCUGCUUCUGAUUGCGCGACAGGUGACGGCGAUUGGAGGCGAGCUGGCCUGGAUUGGGGCGGGAUCACUCUUGCGCACGGCGAUGCACAUGGGGUUCCAUAUCGACCCGCGCCACAUGGCGAAGGUUUCGCCCUUCGACGCGGAGAUGCGACGGCGGCUGUGGGCGACCAUCCUGGAAAUCAAUCUACAAACCAGCCUGGAUGCGGGCGGGAUUCCGCUCAUUCACCCGGACGACUACGACUGCGACCCGCCAAUGAACCUCAACGACGAGGAGAUGGAGCAGGACCCGUUUCCAGCGGCACGACCGGCCGGAACAUUGACCCAAACAUCGCUGCAGAUUGCGCUGGCACGCUCGCAGGCCGUCCGCCUCCGGAUCGCCAAGUUUGUCAACAGCUUCCGUAGCGGGAUGUCCUAUGAUGAGGCGUUGGAGCUCAGCGCCGAACUGGUCCAGCUCAAUCACGCAAAUGCCAGCUGCGACAUCAGCAGCAGCAGCAGCAGCACUAACCAUCACGAGGACAAUGACACACACAUCCGCCCCUUCCACCGCAAACUUUACAACCUCAUGACCCAGCGCUUCCUCAUAUCCCUGCACACUCCAUUCGCCCUGAAAGCCAAGUCCAGUCCCAAAUACUACUACUCCCGCCAGGUCAACUUCCAGGCCUCGAUGCGCAUUAUCUCCUCGAUCGAGCCCGCUCCUCCAUCUUUUUCUGCCGGCGCAUCGUCCGACUCCUAUCGCCUCCAACUCAUCGCCGCCGCCUCCUUCCGCGACGUCCCCAUCAUAGCCCACAGCAACAUUUUCUACGAGCUCUCCCUUCAACGCCAAGAAUUGGAACUGGGGGCGAUUCUAUUACCGCCGAGCGAUGACGACAACCGCACCGCACCCUCGCAUCUUUCGACCCUCCGCCCACUCCUCGAACGACAUGUCCAGCUUUCCGCCGCCCGCGUCAGCGCCGGUGAGACGAACCUCAAGGGUUCCCUGAUGUGCGCAUGCUUCCUCGCCCGCCUCGACGCCGAGCGUCGCGGUCUCGCCACAGAGCAGAUGAUUUACGAGACGGUGCGCGGGCACCUGACCAAGGCAGCGGCGACAUUGCAGGGCUUGGUGGAUGAACAGGUGGACGUCGCUGGCGCUGAUGCGGCUGCUGGCGUGCCUGCGGGGAUGAAUUUUGGGAUGCAGUUGGAGGAGGGGUUGGCUGGUGGUAUGGGGGCGGGGGGUUUCGGUAGUCCAAGUGAUGGCGGUAAUUCUCUGCACAGCUGGUUGCUUAGCGAUGAGUAUGAUCCGCUACUGGGUUUGGGGAUGGAUGGGUGGCUUAUUGCGCAAGGGAUAUGAACUCCUCUCGAGUGCAGCCACAUGUUGUUGUUAUUGUUGUUGGAAUCGAGGGGAGCGUCUUUGUCCCUGCCCAUCCAGGGUAGUGGAAUAUACAGGGAUGAUUGUCCUUCAAUUGCAGAAAUGGCACUUUUGACUCGGUACAACUACAGCAGGAAGCAGGAAGCCAAGCCAAAGAGCCGGCCCGAAGAGAAAGAUCAUUACGACAAGUUUAGUUUAAUCAAGGUAUUGAUGAGAAUUGAUGGUUCAAGAAUUCAGCGAAGCCCAGCAAAAGCCAGGCAACAAGACCACCAAACAGCCUACAUCUAUCGAAGUCAACUUAAAGAGAAGGUAUAGAGAACUAGUUUAUGAA